AUGCUCAAUUCAACGAUUAAUUCAUCAUUCAGCGGCGGUUAUGCGCAGCGCGGCGCCAAAUUCAUGGGUUACUUGUAUUUAUCCUUGACGAUAUUCAGUUAUUUAUCCAACGCCUUCUUUUUAUUCAUCUACUACAAAUCACCCAGCCUGAAAACCCCGUUUUCCGUCUACGUCGUUAGUUUGGCCAUCUGUGAUCUUUGCAAAUCCCUGACGAACGGCAUCAGCAAGACGACAAAUAACCUGCAAAUGCGGUGGUUUUUGGGCGACGGCUACUGUCUCCUGGCAUUGUACAGCUCGCAGGCGCUGACCUCCAUGAUGAUGUACAUCCAGGUGCUAAUCAGUUUCAACCGUUUCUGGGCCGUCACGUUCCCCAAUAAUUAUCGUACGCAUCAUAAUAAGAAAAUAGCGGUGUGCCUGGUAAUCGUGGCGGUGGCGUUUGUCAAUGUGUGGUAUUUGCCGGGAUUUUUAACUGAAGAGAUUCGCAACCGCACGCAGGAGCAGGUGCGCAUGUGUACACCGGCGUUCGGCGGCGGGAAAUCCGUGUACUUUUAUCUCUCCGGGACCAUCAUCCAUCUCUUGCCGCAGGCGCUGGUGAUUGUUAUGUACCCGUUUAUUUAUUACAAGGUUAAGGGUGUGAUGCGCAAAAAAGCCCAUAUUGGAAAGACCCGUGUUGAACCGGAACCGACAGUGGAAAGCCAGAUGACCUCUAAUUCCCGCGUCACGACCACCACGUUGAUCGGCAGAGGCCGCAAGGUCUCAGAUGCCUCUCGGCUAGAGGAAAUGUCAAUGCACGCCGUGCCGCAGGAGAAAGCGGGGAAUAAAAAUCGGGUUAAGAAACCGCCCGGCCGCAUUGCUAAAGCGGCGGCCGGCACCCGACAUUUCGCUGUUCUUACCACACUGCUGAUUAGCGCGACACUUUUUUGGACACCGACCCAUCUGGCCUCCAUUUUAAUGAUGUCGGGAAAAUCGGUCAGCUACACAUUUUUGGGUGUCGCGAAUUUCCUGUUCGCCCUGGACUGUACGAUGAAUCCGCUGCUGUGUUUACUGGCUUCGAAGGAGUGGCGUGACGCUGUAAAAACUACAUUUCGCUGCUACUAG